AUGGCGACUGCUACUACCCUCACUUGCAGCCGUUCCCCGCCGACCGAACGCCAGUUCGCCUCCCCAACCAUCCCCUCACGUUUAUGCCUUCGCCGUCUUCGAAUUUACCGGAAGCCCCUCCCAUCGCUUUCGCCACGCGUGACGUUUAAUGGAAGCUUUAAUGCUCAAAUUGGCAGAAGUAUGGAAAACCCUAGAAAUGGUGGUUACAGAACAGGUGAGCUGUAUAGAAGGCUCGAUUCUUGCCUCGUAAUUCCCCCGGCGAAAGGCAGAAAACCUAAAGCUUUAAUCAAAUUCCUCGGUGGUGCGUUCAUCGGAGCUGUGCCCGAAGUUACUUACCGUUACUUUCUUGAGCUGAUGGCGAGUGAGGGUUACUUGAUUAUAUCUGUUCCGUACAAUGUGACUUUUAACCAUGAGCAAGUGAGUAGGGAGAUAUACAAUAGAUUCCAUGCUUGUUUGGAUUCAAUUUUGGUAAAUGGGUUGCCUGAGAAUGGGAUUUCUGGUGCUGAGAUUGCUGAUCUUCCUUUCUAUUCAGUUGGACACAGCAACGGUGCACUCAUUCAAGUACUCGUUGGGAGUUAUUUCUGUGAGAAGAUUCCUAAGGCAAAUGCAGUCAUAUCUUACAACAACAAAUCAGCAUCAGAGGCUGUACCAUAUUUCGAGCAGUUUGGUCCUGUAGUCAACCAGAUGAUGCCAGUCAUUGAGACAUCCCCUAUGUAUUCAUUGGCUCAGAGUGUCUCAGAUGGAUGGAAGACACUACUAGAUAUGGCUGAAAGAGUCGUGCCAGACUAUGAUCCGGAAGCCUCCGUGUCUUUGACAAAGUUUGUUGAUCAGUUACCCUCAGUAUUUAACCAGGUUGCACAAGGGACUUCUGAGUUCAAGCCAACACCUGCAGAGAAUCUCGAAUGUUUCAAGAAGUUAUACAACAUACAAAAAACAUUAUUGGUAAAAUUUGAUUUUGAUACAAUUGAUGAGACCGAUCUCCUUGAGGAGACACUAAAGCCUCGUAUUGAGUCUUAUGGUGGAAGACUUGAUAAGGUUGUUUUACGUGGGAACCAUAUAACACCAUGCAUACAGGAACCAAGGUGGCAAGUAGGGCCAGUGUACACCCCAGCAGAUGCUAUUGCUCAAGGACUGAAAACUCUUUCCCUAAAUGAGACGAGAGUCCUUUCUAGAACUAUCAGUAACUGGUUUAGCAGCCUCGAUUCAUGA